CUUUACGAUUUUGUGAACAUACCAUAAAGUCACAACCUAACCUAGAAGCGCGCGUCCGGUUCAUUUGCAAGACUCGUGUGUGUAGCGUGUAACGUGUUUGAUAUCACGUUUUUUGAAUAGCGGCUUUCGAAAGAAAAUUUUAAAAAUGACUGACGUAGAACCUAAAAUCUCCAAUAAAAGGAAAAGCUUCGGCGGCAAAAAGGAAUCGCCGAAGAAACCUAAAUUGGAAAAUGUGCAGACGCCCAAGAAAGUUCAGACCCCUCAGAAACAGAAAACUCCUCAAGAGCAAAAGGCUCAGAAACAGAAGACUCCUAAUCAGCAAAAGGCUUCAGAGUCCCUGAAGACCCCUCAGCAAAACAAAUCCGUGCAGAACAGCGUAAAGAAAUCCAAUAAGAAACAAAAAAAAGAAAAUGGCAGCCCUGCAAAAUCGUUGAAACCGUUCGGAGGCACAGCCCAGAUCGAAUCUCCCAAGGUAAAACAGGAGAAAGCCAUCAAGAAAGAAGAAAAACCAUCGGAAAAGAAAAGGAGGAAACCAUUUUUCGGUAUUAAGGAAAAGCUCAAUUCAAAGGACGAAGCUGUGAAGCAGGAAGUCGCCAAAAGCAUCGAAGCUAAACUAAAGCUGAUCCAGGCAAGGUCAGAGCUCUCGAAAAGUGCUCUGCGCAGAAUGAAACGUUUGAGGAGACUACAGAGGAUAGCAACGGGAGAGCAACCGCCUCCACCUCCACAGAAACAGCCCAAUGCCAAAGGGGAAGCAUCUAAGAGACGCGAAAGGAGAAAAAAGGCUGCUGCCAAUACCGCAACUGAAGAAGUGGUGGUCAAGAAAGAAAACUCAAACAAUAAAGUCCAACAGGGAGCAAAAAAAGCUCAGCAAGUGAAGGCAAAGAACCAGAAGGCCGCCAAGAAGGUCCCGGUCAAAGCCGAACCGGAAUCGGAGGAGGAUUCUGACGAAGAAGAAAAUGAAGUUGAGCCUCAAGAGGAGAAUGAUUCCGGAGACGAAGAAGAUGAUUCUGGGGAAGAGGAAGAAGUGUCUGGAGAUGAGGAAGAAGAUGAUGAGUCUGACGAGGAAGAAGAAUCGGAAGAUGACGAUGAAGAGUCUGAAGAUGACGAAGAAGUAGCUGCGCCGCCUCAGGUUAGUAACAAAAAUCAAAAGAGGAAGAAGUAAUUUGUUUAUUAUUUUUACUGU